AACCUUGUGGCAUUUACUUGAGUGUAUCCAAAAAUACAGAGCAAAAAAUGAUGAGAUCAGGAGAAUACUACACCCAUGUUUCAGAAGUUGAGAGGGAGUCUAGGACUGUUGAAUACCCUAAUGAUGGAGCUCUUUCCUUCAAGAAGGUUGUUUACGAGGAAAAUAAGGUUGAGGAACCCCACCACCACCACCACCUCUUCAGGCACCACCAGCAGCCAGAGACUCGUGAGACUGUGAAAGUUGUAGAGUAUGAGCAAGUUCCUGAGAGGCGUGUUGGUGAAAUUGUCUACGAAGAGAAUAGGACAGUGUGGCCUUGAAUUGCAUGCUAGGGUUCAACUUCAACUUCGUAUUACCAUGUGCCUAUUUUGCUAAGGAGACUAUUUCUAUUAUAAAAAUCACCACUGUGUGAUUGAUUUAAAUAAAUUACUCCUUAGUUAUCACUUUUCUUAUAAGUCUUGUAUAAUUUCAAUAAAGUUACGUUACUAUAUCUGUUGUGU